UCCGCAGAGUUGUCCUCCCUUUAGUGUGGGUACGACCAGGGACAGCCAGGUGCUCACUGCGCAUGUGCGAGAAGCGCUGCACUUUGUGACUGGCCUGGUGUCUUCUGGGACCUGUCAUGUCCACAGUCUCUGAUCAUCUACUGUACUGUCGGCAGUCUCUUGGUCAUCCCCUGUACUGUUUGCAGUCUCUGGUCAUCUCCUGUACUGUCUGCAGUCGCUGGUCAUCUCCUGUACUAUGUCUGCAGUCUCUGGCCAUCCCCUGUACUAAGUCCGCAGUCUCUGGUCAUCUCCUGUACUAUGUCUGCAGUCUCUGGUCAUCUCCUGUACUGUGUCCGCAGUCUCUGGUCAUCUCCCUGUACUGGUAUGUACUAUGUCUGCAGUCUCUGGUCAUCUCCUGUACUGUGUCCGCAGUCUCUGGUCAUCUCCUGUACUGUGUCUGCAGUACAACAAACACUUUUCUCCUGCGCUAGGAAAAGACUCAGUAGACCCAAUAGGAGUGUUGGAAUUUUCUGGAAUAUGCACUGCUUGCUGCUCUCAACAGACCGGGGUGGUCCAAAUACACUGGAUGCA